AUGGGAAAAGCAGCCAAAGCAUCAAAGAAGCUUGAUAUUCAGAAGGUUAAGAAACAAAGACGUCUGAUAAACAAGUUCAAGACAGUAGAGACAAAGAAGUUAAAGACUCUUAACAGCAGAAAGAACAAGAGACAGAACCAAGAUGUCGAAGAAAAUGAGGAGACAGAGAUAACACAGAAUACAAACAUCGAUGAUGGUGAGAUGGAGGAUGAUGAUCUGGUGAUGGAUGGAAGUGAUCUUGAUGAUGAUGAGGAUAUGAUCGAUGGUGAUGAUCAAGACGAUGAUGAUGAGGAUGCCGCCGAGGAUGAGGACGAUCAAGAGUUGUUUGAUGAGAACGAUAAGAUGUUGAUGUCAAAGAAUAAGAAUAAUAAGAAGCAGCAACAGCAACAACUAAAGUCAAACAACAACAAGUCAGCACCAACUGAUGAGAAGAAACAACAAUCUGAUGCAGUCACCAAUCUCAAGGGUCAGGUGGCUCAACAUCGUGAAGAUCUUCAGAAGCUCAAGAUGAAGGAUCCAGAGCUGUUCGCAUUCAUGGGCGAGAACGACUCCAAUCUCCUUAACUUUGGUGAGGACUUGUCAGAUGAUGAUGAAGAUGAUGAAGAAGAUGAUGAUGUAGAUGCCGAUGGCGAGACAAAGGAUAAGCAAGUAGUCCUGACUAGUGAGUUGUUGGACUCUUGGAUUGAGGAGUGCGAGAAGCAGGUGACAUUGAAGUCUCUCAAGAAGGUGAUGUUGGCAUUCAAGUCGGCCGCUCAUACUGGUAUGUCGGGUGCACUUGGCGCCAAGAAGAAGUCAAAGAAGAACGCCAACGAUGAAGAGAAUGAGGCCAUCGAGAAGGAGAGCUUAACCGACAAGGACAUCCCCUUCAAGAUUGUCCACAGCCAAGUGUUCAACCGCACACUGAUCGUCUGUCUCCAGAACAUCCCCAAGUAUCUCGAUCAGCUGCUCAAGUACGAUCAUCAAAAGAUCGAGGAUGAGAAGGCUCGUCCACGUCUGCCCAAGACAUGCGAGGGCUGGAACAACCUGCGCAUUGCCGUCAAGACCUACGUGAGGAAUGUCAUCUACCUGGUCAACCAGCUGUCCGACCCCGAGAUGAUCAUGGUGGCCCUCAAGGGCAUGGAGAAAAUCGUCUGCCACAUUUCAUGCUUCCCAACCUAUGCCAAGUCAUCACUCAAGAUCCUUCUCCAACAUUGGUCUGCAUCAGAGGAAUCAGUUAGAAUCAUGGCAUUCCUGUGCAUUAGGAAGCUGGCCAUCUACACUCCUUAUCCAUUCAUCGACAACUGUUUGAAGGGUGUCUACUUGACCUAUGUGAGGAACAGCAAGUUCGUAUCGACCACCUCGUUGCCAAUAUUCAACUUCAUGGUCAACUGUGUGGUCGAGAUGUUUGGCCUGGACUUCCCCAGCUCCUACCGCCACGCCUUUGUCUACAUCCGUCAGCUGGCCAUCCAUUUGCGUAACACGCUGAACAAGCUGAACAAGGAGUCGAUCCAGAACAUCUACAACUGGCUGUACAUGAACAGUUUGCGCGCAUGGGUCGAGGUGCUGUGCUCCUACCCCAACCAGGAGCAGCUCAAGUUGCUGCUGUUCCCAAUUACCCAACUGUUGUUUGGUGUUAUUGGCCUGACUAAUAGCAGCAAGUUCUUCCCACUGCGCUUCAACUGCAUCCGCAUGCUCAACAAGCUGGCCCAGACCAACGGCACAUUCAUCAACUCAACGCCCUACCUGCUGGACCUCCUGACGACCAAGGACUUUGCCGCCGAGGGCAAGGCUUCCACCAAGAACAAGGGCAUCAACUUCCUGACGUCCCUCUCCGUCCAAGACACCUAUCUCAACACAAAGGCGUACCGCGAGGGUUCACGCUCCCAGUUUGCCGAGCUGAUGGUCGAUAACAUGAACAUAUACUCGUGCCAUAUUGGCUUCCCCGAGCUGGCCAUCCCCGUGCUCCAGCAUCUGAAGAAGUUCAACAAGGGCACCAAGAAUGUAAAGAUCAUCAAGCAGGUGAAGGAGAUCAUCGACGCACUCAACAAACAGUCCACAGUAGUCAAGAACGCUCGCGACAAUGUUAGCUUUGCACCAAAGGACACCAAGAAGGUGGCCGAGUUUGAGCAGACUCUGCGACAGAAGCUAGGCGCCAACGGUAACGCCGUGGCUGUGCUCCUGAGCGCACUGCAGAAGAAGAGCAAGAAGGAACAGGAGGUGUUGCUGCAGGGUACCAAGGUCUACGACUUUGACAACGAUGAGGAUGAGGAGUUGGAGGACGACCAAGACGACGAGGACGAUCAGGAUGGAGAGUUUGUUGACGAGGAUGGCGACGCCAUGGACGAGGACGAUGGCGAGGAUGAGGAGGAGGAGGUUGCUCCUGCCAAGAAGCAGCGCACAAGAUCAAAGAAGUUCCCACACGACAGUACAGCAGAGGAUGUUGUCGAGGACCUCGAGUUCUCCGACGAGGAAUAA